AUGGAGAAAGUCGGCGAAACAGCAUCGACGUUGGAAGCCAGCCAGGAGGUUUCUUUCCGGAUUGACUGCCGGCCGUCGGGGUCGCGUUCUAGCGAUGAGACGGCGGUAUGGUCGGAGCAGUACGGUGAAGGCUGGCGGUUUGGCGUAUACCUGUCAUGGAAACGUCGGGCUAGAGUACGCCCGGCUGUGGAUCUCCGUACGGUGGACUACAGAGUCUCUUACAUCAAACUAUCUGCAUCCGUUAUUGAAGGAGAUGAUGAACUGCCCGAGGACUCGACAGUACAAGUACUCUCCGGGUACAUGCUCAGGCUUCCAAACAGUAAUCUGGAGCCGUUAUCGGAGGGCUCUGAAUUGCCAUGGACCGGUUCCAACCGGGGAUUUAUCCAUGUCACCUUCAGGGUUGUAUACCCGCUGCCAUCAUCGUUCUCCGGGUCGCUACGCACUACCUUAAACCAAACGCUGGUCACCACCCUUUCGGGUGGCUCUUUCAAUGACACUAAGUUUCUUGUCUUUUCGCGACGCAGGCAGUCCGGUCGGGUUGAUGCACCGUUAGCUCUCUUCGCCAACAGUGCCAUUCUAAAGACGAAUUGCGCUUACUUUGAGCCAUUACUCUCUGAGAGAUUUAUGGGCACAUCCAUCAGUGCUCUCAACGAAGACCAAUACGAUUACUACUCAGACAGCGACCUCUCUGAUUGUUCGGAAGACACUCAGGACGAGUCUUAUCGCGCCGCAGAGUGGCAAGACCCAGAUCUGGAUGACACAGGGGUCGCUGCCCGUAGCACAGUGGGAGAUACCGCUGCACUACCCAUCGAGGAGCGAGAUGGCGCAUUGCGCACUGUCGUAGUGACCGACUCAGCGUACCGCACAUACAAAGCGCUCAUAUACUACCUGUACACGGGUGAUGUUUCCUUCGCCUCUCUGCGAUCGGGGUAUCCUGCAAUUGAAGGUGAAGAAAGGACGCCGGCGACGGGGGGUUCGGAUGAUUCGCCGAGAUGCUCCCCCAAAUCGAUGUACCGUUUGGCCGAUAAGCUUGGUCUCGAGGAGCUGAAGAAGAAAGCCUUUUUAGCCAUUAAAUCCGAGCUUUCCGGGACGAAUAUUGUCAAAGAGGCUUUCUCUAGAUUCGCUUCAAUACCAGAAUAUGCUGAAAUCCGAGAGAUGGAGGUCUCCGUUCUAAGCCAGAAUUGGCAUAUCCCUAGGGUGAAGGAGGAUCUCUUGGCAUUGAUCAAGAAAGCAAUGCAAGGGGAGCUUCCUCACGCUACAGAUGCGUUUAUUUCGUUUGUGGCGAGGAUGUCGGUCCGCUGAGGCGACUGAGAUGACGUCUGAAUGGCUGGUGCUCUUCGUGAUGUGUUAGAUCCUCUGCGAGUGUCGACAUUGAUUGAUGUAUGGUGAUCCUGAUGACCUCCAUUGUCCUGUUGU